AUGAACGACGAAACGACGAGGAGGAGUGUCGAAUGCAAGGAUUCUGUCGAUCAUAGAUGGGAAGUUUGAGAGAAUCCCUGGAGACGUGCUCCAACCCUUCGGCUGCCGUUCAAUGAUUUGGCACUUCAUAUUAGGUUUGAGUUACCACCGUCGGCAAUCUGGGGAGAACAAGAAGAACGUGGGAAGGAUCGCGAUGAAAUCUGUGGGGAAGUAUCUCGGUAAGGAAGGGUAA